GCGGCUAUCUUAACCAAUGCGACGUAUACCAUGCAUUACCUGAGAAUCCGCUGGCGCUGAGUGUACGUGUAACGUGUGUGCGGAGCCCUGAAGACUUUCAUACAAAGAAGAAAAUCUAAGAAUGAAGGAACCUUAACGAUAUGUACUGGCAAUAAGAUAUCCAAUCACUAGAAUAGAAAACAAGACGUCGUGUAUAUCAUAAAUGUAUCUGAAGGUGUGUGCGCUCCCUCGACGGCUGCUGACCAGACAUCCACUACCCUUAAGAUUUAUCCCUUAUUGUACAUCUUUAAAAACCAGUGAUACAACAGAAGAGAAUGGGAAGCUGUAUGACUUAUCAACCUAUGAACUACCUUACUCUGAAAAAGAAAAACUACUUAUAAUAGAAACCAUAAACAAUGCCUCUCCAGAAGACUUUACUAGACUUAAGGUGACUAAAGGUGUUAUUAAGAAGCUCUUGAAAAGCAAGUCACAAGUUGGCAGUUAUCAAGAUGUAUCCCAGCUACUUUUUAUUGAUGGCAUGGGAAUAAAAGCUGUUGAAAAUCUCUGUAAAUUAGUACUGAAGAAUGGAAAAAUAGAAAAAUCUGGUAAUGACCUUUGUGAAGAUGAUUUUGAAAAUGUUGUGUACAAGAAACGUUUAGUGAAGCCAAGGUUAGAUCCACUCCUAAUUAAGACUUUCCAGACAAUGGUGUCAUUGCAUGUGACUGCUGGGUUCUUGGCCUGGACAAAAUUUGAUUAUAGUGGUAAAAUACUCGAUCUCUACAUUGAGGAAUUGCUCAACUCAGAUUCACGUUUUGAUACUCCAAAGAUAUAUGAAAGGGUUACGGAAGCAGUGAUGACGAUUCCUCCAGCUGAUAUUUAUGUAUGGGAGGAGAGAAGCAACUAUGGUCACCUGCAGAAAGCUGCACUUGGUACCAUCAUUAUUUCUCUACAGUUAGCUCAAAUAAAAGGGAUGAUGACUGCCUUGUUGGCCUCCCGACGUGAGGAGAGUGAAGGUAGUCGACUGGUCUACCUAAGAGAAGUUUUAGUGCCCAAGUUAUUUAAUCUUAAGGUUGGCGAAGAAAGAAUUUCUGGCCUUAAGUUGGCUGACAAAUUAAUGGAAGGUGAACAAGUGAUGGAUUGGCUUCUGCCCCUGCCACUGGAAGAUGAUGUACAAGAGUUAUAUUUUUCCAUUGAAAGUAAUUACAGGAGAUAUGUGGCUACUUCUCUAUUUGUUGGUAUAGCAUUUCACCAGGCUGUUCUUCAACAUAAUAAUAAAGCUUUGAUGAUAUUAUGUAGAUAACACCAAAAAUAUUGUUUCUUCUUUUUUCAAUUUCUUAAUGAUUUCACCUCUCCAGUAUUCUACAAUGCAUGUUUUAUUCAAAAUCUUUAUUUAGCUACAUGAAACCAGUUACUGUACUGUAUUUCCAUCCCUGAAGAAUCAGGGGACCCAACAUCAGCACUUCACACAUAAAAAUAAAGAAUUA